UGACGAUCGACAAAAAUAUCCCGAAAAUAAAUAAAUUCGUUCAAAAAAAAAAAAACGAGUGCAAAACGCGCUGGGAAAUUGCACUUGUUUCUCUGGUUAAAGUUCUUAAUAAAUCCCGUGUGAAAAUCCAUUGUGAAAUCCAAUUCUUUCAAAAUGUCGAUGGAUCCAACAGUUAACUUGGAAGAUCUAGAGCGCCGUCGCCGUCGUCCCAGCUCUGUACGGAAAGUCUCACAGACUCCUCAACCUCCGCCACAUUUGGCCGAUUCCGAGGCCAUGGCUGUCAUCAAUGAGAUAUUCAAUCCCACACUGAAAUUACCUGAGAGUAGUGGACACUAUACGCUGCCAGAGGAGAUGAGUGCCGAUGAUCAGGUGGCACCUCGUGAUUUGGACAUUGCCAAGCUGGCAGAGCUCAAAGAAGUGUUUUCGCUCUUCGACACGGACUGCGAUGGUCUGAUAUCCAAGGAUGACUUACGUUUCACUUAUACGGCCUUGGGUAACGAGCCCAAUGAACAGCUGCUGGAACAAAUGAUGCAAGAGGCCCAUGAACCUCUGGACUAUGAGGCAUUUGUUCAAUUGAUGUGUCGACGUACCCAAGAAUUAGAUCCGGAGGCCGUUCUUCUUGAGGCAUGGAGCAAAUGGGAUGACCAUGGCACGGGCAAAAUCGAAGAACGCAAAAUCUACGAAGAAUUGACCAACUAUGGUGAUAAAAUGACCCUUAGCGAGGCCAAAGAGGCACUCAGUCAUGCACCCAUGGCCAAGCCAAAGUCACUGGAGGAGCCACCGAUGAUUGAUUAUUUCGCCUUUUGUCGUAUGCUUGGAGGCAUGCGUAAAAGAAAAGGCGAAUAGUCAACGAUAAAUCGUGUUCCUGAUAUUAACAGAAUUGACUAAAAGCUGCUAAAAUAUCUUUCAUUUUGCUUAUAAAAGUCGGAACAGUUUAAAAAACAUUGUUACAUAAGCAAAUCUUAACGCUCUUCCAUUUAUCCAUCCAAUCAAUUAUCAUUUAUCCAUCUAAAAGUCUUAAAUUUACUAAUCCCAUUUUAAUUUUGUCUAUUGUAGAUGCAACUCCUUAAGAUAGGCUAUCCUAAUUACCACUUGCCGUAGCCCAUACAUAUUUCUAUGUUGCACAAAUGAAAAACCGAAAAAAAUUAACCUUAACGCCAACUUCUGUUCGACUUUUUAUCAAAAUAAAUCGUGAAGAACCAAACA